AUGCAGAGGCCGGCUACAAGCACGUCAUCUUCAGUAUCCGAAGUCCGGCUAUGGAAGUCUCCGAUCCCAUAUCUCUUUGGGAGCCUAGCUCUAAUGUUGUUACUUAUCGCCGUGGCAUUGAUCAUCUUAGUUUGCUCGUACAGAAAACGUGUUUCCAAUUCCUCAGGUGAAAACGAAGACAAGCCAGCUGCUGCAAAGACGAUGGAUGCAGUGAUUGAUACCGAGCCAAGGAUCGUUGUUAUAAUGGCCGGGGACGACAAGCCCACGUACUUGGCUACUCCUUCCAUUCCUUCGACUCACCCUAGUGAGCAAGUUUAA